UACUGCUUCGCAUACCACUUAUGUUUUCUUGGUUAUGGCUGCACCUAUUAGCCGAGGAUCUCGCCAAUCAGCGACUACCCGACUCUAUUCUUGAGGAUAACGUGAAUAGACCAUGGCGGGCAAUACCUACCAAGCGCCCAACGCCCUCGGAGGCGCGAGAAUUUCUCCGUGCUACAGUUUGGUUUACAAUUGGUAGUAGUUGGCUCAUGGGCAGCUUCCUGCCUAGUGUCUCGCUGAUCACUAUGAUAUAUCUAUACAACGACUUGUAUGGUAGCAGCGCCGGCCCGCUAGAACGCCAUGUUAUCAACGCCGCGGCGUUAUGUUUCUUUGGAUGGGGCGCUGUCGCGACUCUUCUCGGCGGCAACUUCAGUACUGAGGGGACCAAAUUGCUCGUUCAAUGGAUGGCCAUCUCGUUUUCGAUAGUUGUCACCACAAUCCAAGCCCAGGACUUCCCUGAUAUUGCAGGAGAUGAAGCCCGAGGGAGACAAACCGUGCCGUUGAUUUACGGCCAGAAGUUUUCACGUUGAUGGAUGUCAUUAUUUGUACUAGGCUGGACCAUUUUCUGCCCCCUAUUCUGGAAUGUCACAGUAUUUGGCUGGUUGCCAGUACUAUUUACCGGAGGUUUCAUAUCUGUUAUGACUCUCCUACGUUGGGACCAGCAGUCUGAUGAGAUGGUAUGGAAGAUGUGGUGUGCCUGGGCGAUUGUGCUUUAUCUGCUAGGCAGAUAAGUUAGAUAAUCUGCGGCGAAAGGAGUUCUGAAUAGAGGCAUCUCAUGAGGCAAACCAUAUGAGGGGGUUAAUACCUCUGUUGUUGCGCGAAGAGAUCGCAAGUAACUGCUACGGGAACUAUCGUAUACAUAUACGAAUGGCUUCUUUGUUCUAAGGGCUCCCUUGCCC